AUCGCGGUGUCGGCGCGAGAGCACUGGACUCGCGGUCUAACUUGGCGAGUGAGCGCACGAGACCGAAUCCGGUGCACAUCCGCACGGGCACGGGCCGUUUGAUGCAUCGCACCUGGGUGAAUCGUACCGUCGCCGAAACGAUCAUAUCACCCUCGUGAGUGCGAACGGAUCCAACGGAGGAACACCCAUCGAUCGAUAUGUAAAUCUCAAGGAGGAGAAAAAUCGGUACGCGAGACAAGUAGGCACGAACAGAGAGAGGGGGAGAGAGAGCGAGAGAGAGAGAGAGAGAGAGAGAGAGAGAGAGAGAGAGAGAGUGCCCCGAAAAUAGGUAAUAAAUCUUGAAUCUAGAUGUGCACGAGUCGACAAUGAUAAAGAGCAACCGCGAUGUUUCGGAAGAAGUGAUAAAUCAAAGCCAGCGAUUAAUACAGAUAACAGCGAGAUAGCGGUUCGAGUGCUUGACGAAGUGCUCACAGUGUUCCCCGGAACGAUCAACAUUGAUUCAGAUUGAUGCCGCGAAGACCAAUUGAUAUAGGAAAGACGGUGCGUUCGCAGAAAGGAUAGAUAUACCUCAAAGAUAUACCUCACAAUUGAUACGCUCAAAGAUAAAUCCGUUGAUAAAGAACACCCCGAGAGGAGGGCACGCAGAAGAUUCGUGUAUUCAACCCGCGAAAAUCGCGUCUGCACGUGGGUGCGCGGACGCGCGCGUCGCGUGCGCUAAGGAGCACUCGCGGGAAUUGACUAUAUUUUUCAUUAUAAUCACACGUUACGCAGUCCUUAGAGCGAGAGACUUGCCUGCGCGACAUUCAAACACGAUCAUUUUCGCAGGCACGAUGUCACGGCGUGGAUAGAAUUGGACGGAAGUCAACGGCGAUCCGUGCGAUGAUAGAUCGCGCGCGAUUCGAGAGGUGCGUCGGUCGAUAUCCGCUCGGCCGUCCGUUCUCCAGAUAGCACGGAACGGAACGGAACAACUGUUGAGGCGAACUGGGCGCGAACGCCCUGGCGGCCUGGAUCGUUGCUUCGCUCGCACUCUUACGUUCCAUUUUUUACGGCCGACAAUGUACGGCGCGCGAUAAGCGGCGGCGGCGGCGGCGGCGACAACAACAAACAACAAUGGCCAAAUUCGCGAAAGAUAAGGGAGAUAAUGCGUGACGUGCGAGAAUAAUUGGCGAUUCGUUUCUCGUGGCUACAUCGUCGCGCGUGUCCACGCGACGGAGUCUCCGAAAGAAAACGCCGCCGAGGAGGAGAAUCGUCGCACCCACCGUCACCGUCACCCACCGUCGCGGAGGAUCCACGGCAGACAGGCAGGCAGCAGCGUGGUGCAGACACAGUGCGCCGCACUGCUGUUAAUAAGCUCUGUUAAUCAGUGUGUGUCAAGAUUACCCUACAUAUCAGCCGCCAGCGGACCCAUCCGCAAGAUUGCCGCGUACCAUCGCGGGAAUAUUGCGGCUGUUGAAUAAAGCUGCACGAGCAAGCAAAAUGACGCGGAAAGGACUCCUGUUGCUACUCGGUCUCGCUGUCCUGAAGGAAUCAUCGUCCGCGUCCGAUGCCAGGACUACAGGCGAGUCUUCCCAUCAGAGAUCACAUCACAGGCAGAAGAGGGUCUUUUGGUUCACAAACGAUGGUCGAAUUGCGCUACCGCCCGGCACCGUCAUGACGAUCACGCCAACGUUGGCGUUGCCGUUCGUCAGGCAUCCACCUUACGGUUUUCUCAGCAAUAUGACCAUCAGUCUACCGUUCACGAUCGACUUCGACAAGCUGGGCUUGACCGACAACGAGAAUCCCUACGGCGCCUUGCCGCCAGCCUUCGACAGGAACCUGAAGAGCCGUCAGGCCGGCAUGAUGAUGGCGGAUUUCAUCGCAGCGUUCAUUAAACGCAGAUUGCACAAACGGGAGAUAACGCCGCCGAAGAAUGCGUUUCACGGUGGCGAGAGGGCCCUGCUCUACGGUACCGCCGAGGACAUGCUUAGCACUUUGGGGAUGAACGGGAAGGCGUGCUUGUUGAGAGCGAUUUGCGAGAUCCAAGGACACCCUUUGAGCAACUUCGGUUUAAUCGGCGAGAUGCUGAAGCUGUUCUUCACUGCUAGUCGAUCACCGUUCGCGAAUCUCCUCAAAGAAUACGUCGAAGCGGAAAAUCGCGGCAAGUUUCACGGGGAAUGCUGGCCCUACUUCAAGGAUUGCCCGAAAUCCUUGUUUCUGCCAUCUACUAACAAAUAUCAAAAAGAUUCAGUGCACGAAGAUGCGGACGAAGAGGACGAGGAUUGGAUUCCAAAUGACCUCGACGAAGAGGCUCCUACGAGGAUAUCGAUGCAAAGCACGAAGGAUACCGUACACCCGUCUAUGUAAUUAUAUAUAAUUAUGUUGAAUCCCAAUUGUACAAUUGUACAAUUACGUAGACGGUGCGAGAAUCGCGCGUGCUUUCGAGUACGCGAAUUCUCUCUUUCGCGAAUUACCAUCGAAGCGAAAUCUCUUCUCCCAAAGAACAAAGGAAUGUCGACAUUAUCACGGUAUAGUGAGAUAGACCAGGUUCUUGACGAGACACCAUAUAUGUGAUACAUCGAGAAAAAAGUAUUUCGUAUGUGUGGCUAUAUAAUUGCAUAGAAAAAUAAUUAUAGUCAGGGAAACCAUGUUUGUAUUUAGUGUUAGUGAUAACAGUCUUGUAUAAAUAUUGCUACUGUUACGUUUUUUUUUUUUAGUAGAACAAUGAAAAACUAUGGUUGACGUACAAAAUGACUAUAGUUUUAAUGAGAUUAAUUUAUUUUUUUCUCUCAGUGUAUUGCGUGCAUGCACAUAUCCAAAACACACACGAGAAAAGAUUGGCUGGUCCUCGGCAUUGUAAAACUUGACGCUUUAACGCUCGCGCGACAUGUGAAAUGUUUUUUUCUUCUUUUAUAUUUAUUGUACAGCAAAAAUAUUGUUUCUCUCCUUCCUUCUCUCUCCCUUGGUUUGUGCGAUUUAGUUUAUAUAACGUGUGUACGAUACGAUCGUUCACGUACAAGAGGCAUGAACGGACAAUGAAGUAUCAGUCGUGUAAUAUAUCUUUUUCGAAAAAUAACGAUCCAAACAUUCCGAAUUUUUUUAGACAUCCGUACGCAAUUUCAAUUAUAUAUAUUUUAUUCGUAUUAAUGCGCUCACACGAGACGACGCGUAUCGUGCGCUCGGAAUAUGUACCGGAGCGUAAUGUAUACCAUGCUGCCAUAAUAAAUAUAGUAACGAUUUGAA